GGCAAGCUGAAUGUCAGCUACACAACUUCCGCUUCCGCCAUCCAAAAACAAACCUAAUACAGUCCACGUUCAUUUUUUAGUUAUCUUAUUUAAGUGCGUCUUCUCUAAUUACUUUCAUUUGGAGACAUCAUGUCGGAUAAUGGCACAGACAAAGCGUUGCCUGACGAUGAUAACGUCGCCAGUCCUCCUUCUUCAGAGCCCGACAUGGAUGACCAGCUUCAAUCAUCCGACCCCCCUGAGGAAGAAAAGUCUUCUGAAGACCCACCUAGCCUAGACCACAAAUUCGCUCGGUGCUCAAUCUUGAUCAAACAACUGAUCAAGGAAAUUACAUCCGAUCUGUCCUUGGUCAAAUUCAAUCCUGAAGAAGAUUCUGAUCCUAACGAAUCGAAUCUUCGCCUCCGGAUAAUUGCAGCUCGUCUGCCACGAAUUCAAACCCGACUAGAUCAACUUCAGACGCUUGAACGCGAAUAUGAAGCUCUCUCCGAUGACCUCACUGGUGAUACCACUGCCAUGUUGGAGGUGGAACAUCUCGUUACGCGAUUCAUUCAAGCCAAAGAAGGCCUUAUGCAACGACUUUCAACUCGGUCAACUCUCCGUGACGAAUUGUUUCCCAUCCCAGUAAACAAUGCUCCCUCUACCUCAAUGGCCGUGUAUCACGCUCAGUCUGCGGACGAAUAUAACGCCGUAAAGCAUGUAGGUCUCAAAUUCAAUGGCGACAAGAGCCACAAAGACUGUCUCAAAUUGUUUAACUCUUGGCGGGCCGCUUGGGACCUUGCCCACGACAAUCUAAAAACACUCCACGGAUAUUCCCCGCAAGUUGCCUUUAAACACCUGAAAUCUAUUCUUGAAGGAGAAGCGCUCAACAAAAUCGGUCAUUUAAACCCGAGAUCCGAUGGAGCGUAUCAAGCAGCAAUGGCCAAACUCGAAAGCCUAUAUGCCGAUCGGCUAAGCCUAGCUGCGCAUUAUCUCACUUCUUUAAAUGAGAUCAGCGAAGAUGACUUUGUUCUAGCCGAUGCGUUUGAGGAUUCUCUUGUUGGCCUCGAAAAUAUGGAAGAAACUUUCGUAGAAGAGCGAGUACAUCCUUUCCAAUUUUCAAUACUUCUCCACUUUCGAACACACAUGAAUAACAGACCAGCUAUGACAGAAUCUUGGCUGGAUUUCAAAGAACGACGUCGACAAGAAUACCUUGCCGACCAGAUCAAAACUGGGUCUAACAAGAAAUGGCACGCGGGGCUGGUUGAGAAUUCAACCUCCUUCAAGGCUUGGCUGGAUGUUUUCCGUGCUACUCGAGAUGCCCCCAAAACAGCAAACCCCAUCGUGGACAGAGGAAACGUUGGUAAUCCUCCAACAUCUCAUGGUUUCAUGACUCAACAACAACCAAUUACCUCUCCACGAAAAUCUUGCCUCGUAUGUAAGGCGGAUCAUCGUUACACCCAUUGCCCUAUAGCUCUUUCCAAGAGUGAGCAUGAGUGGAAACAAUUGUGUAAGCGAUUGAACAAGUGCCAUCGUUGCACAAACCCCUGGUCAUCAACUCAUUCAUGUUCCACUGUGUGCUAUUUCUGUAAGGGGCCACACAAUAAUGUGGUGUGUCCCAACAAUGGCUUCCGAAAGGAACGCAAUCGAGGGCUAAAACGACCCCGAUCCCUGUCUCGCCCAACAACUCACUCUUCGAGUAAAACGAACAGACGUCAAACUCAACAUCCUGAACGAGAUACCCGACGAAACAAACCCCAAGGCGCACCUGCAAAUUUCGACAAAACUGAUAGCCCUAGAAAAGUGGAUAAGCCCAGUGUUGCUUCUGAACCCCCAGUCGAAAAUCAAGAAAUGUUUCGCAAGUUUGCAACAUUUGUCAACAGCUUGAAUCCCUAUCAUGGCAAAAACUGAGAUGAUUCUUCUCAAAACCAGUUAAAAGUCGUGUCAACAGCAAAACAGGCCAUUGAUUCAUCAUGUGCCUCACGAACUAUUUCCCAG